AUGUAUUUGCUUACAGUUCUUAUACAGGGAGCUGAAGACUUGGAUCUCUUGCACCAUCAGCUAAAAGCUUGUAAAAUGGAAAAUGAGCAGCUAUUGAGCUUAAUCUCUAAGCAAAAUGCUGAAAUUAUAGACCAGAGAAACACAUUGUCACAAUUAAGUGAAUUAAGAGUUCUUGAACUAGAAGGAAAGUCUCUGGAAUCUGUGAAGGAAGAGGCACUUUUACUGCAAAAUCAAUUGCAAGCUGAAAGGUUAAGAUUCCAGAGCAUGAGAGACUUUCUUCACAGGCUGCAAAUAAAUACUGAAAAUGUUGUGAAAGAAGCAGCACAGGCAGCAGUUAGUGAUGAUAGGCUUAAAAGAAUGGGAGAAGUUCAUUUGUUAGAAAAUCAGUAUAAAGCACAGAAGAUGGAAAGUGAAAAGUUAUGGAGGCUUAUUGCUAGCUUCAAAUCUGAUAUUGAAACACUGAGGACUGUGUUGCCAGAUAACAUUAGUGAAGUAUCAACCACAAUUUGUGAACAUGGUAGUACUUCAGAGGAAAUGCAAAAUUUGUGCAAUGAACUGAUUGCAGCUAAAGAAAAAAAUAGGAGACUCCAAGACAUUAUGGAUAAUCUCAGAAGAGGCAUUGACACAAUGCAGCAUAAACUAAUAGAAAUAAAUAUUGAAAAUGAUCAUAUUCUGAUGCAGAAUCUGAGGAGUUCAUCCAUUCUCUCUUCUGGAAGGCAUGAAAAUGGACAGCUAAAAGUUGAAGUGGAUGACUUGACGUCUAGAUUGACAAAAUUUGUGACAGUUUAUCCAGAACAAAGCAAGCUAUCUGCUGACACAGAUAGUAUUAAGGAACUGACUAAAGAAGUCAGAUGCCUCCAUGAGAAAUUAAUAGUAAAUAUAACAAACUGCACUGUUGAAACCAUCAAGGAAGAAAAUUUAAGAUUAGAGAAACUUCUAAAGCAAAGAGAGUCAGAAAUUGCAGCACUUAGGGAACAAACGUCGGAAGAGGAUAAGAAAUGCACAUUAUGCACAUGUUGUGCUGCUAAUGAUAAAAUAUUGAAGAAAUUAGAUGAACUAGAAGCUCAUUUAAUGCCUUUGAUGUCAGAUAUAUACAAUCUGAGACAGAAAACAUCUGCAAAAGGACCACCCACUCAUUUGGAAAUCCCUAUAGAGGUAAUUAGUGCAUCCAGAAAGAUGGAUGUAGUUCAAAGUAUUGACUCUUCAGAUGAUGAAUCAGGUACAAAGAAACUUUUAAGUCAUCUGGCAGCUGAAAAUGAAUUACUAAAGAAACACCUUGAAAGAAGGACUACAUAUACCCCUGAAAUAAUGCAUCAGCUGCAAGAAGAAAAAGAGUUACUCGAAAAACAACUUAAAUCUACAACGCAAAUUAGGGAAAGUAUCACCAAGAAAUCAAUCAGAUUUGCAGAGAAACCUGUGGACAUAACUGAAAUACCACAGCAACAAAGUGUUGAUAUACCACAUAUUGCUGAAGUAGCUCAAAAGAGUUUUGGAACAUCCAUUGCAGAAGAUGAAGAGGAAAGGAUGAUUAAUGAACUGACAAAUGUAAUUGAAUUGUUGAAAAAGCAGCUUAAUGUUGCAAAUAAAACAAUGAGUCAGCUACAAGAAGAAAAUGAAUUACUCAAAAACCAGCCUGCUACUGCAGAAGUAGACAAUGAAAGGAUUUUUAAUGAAUUGAGAAAUCACACUGAAUCAUUGCAAAAGCAGCUUAGUGAUGCAACUGAAACAAUGGUUCAGCUACGAGAAGAGAAUGAAUUACUCAAAAACCGACAAAAAACAACCCAAAUAAUGGAAAGUGUUCCAGUAGAAAUAAUCAAAUAUGUAGAGAAACCUGUGGAAGUAAUUAAAGCAUCACAGCAACCAUCUAUUGAUAUAGCACAUAUUGUCGAAGUAGCUCAAAAGAGUGUUGGAACAUCCAUUGCAGAAGAUGAAGAGGAAAGGAUGAUUAAUGAACUGACAAAUGUAAUUGAAUUGUUGAAAAAGCAGCUUAAUGAUGCAAAUAAAAGAAUGAGUCAGUUACAAGAAGAAAAUGAAUUACUCAAAAAUCAGCCUGCUACUGCAGAAGUAGACAAUGAAAGGAUUUUGAAUGAAUUGAAAAAUCACACUGAAUCAUUGCAAAAGCAGCUUAGUGAUGCAACUGAAACAAUGGUUCAGCUACGAGAAGAGAAUGAAUUACUCAAAAAACGACGAAAAACAACCAGAAUAUUGGAAGUAGCUCAAAAAAGUGUUGGAACAUCCAUUGCAGAAGGUGAUGAUGAAAGGAUCAUUAAUGAACUGACAAAUGUAAUUGAAUUGUUAAAAAAUGAACUUAGUGAUGCAACUAGAACAAUGAGUCAGCUACAAGAAGAAAAUGAAUUACUCAAAAAUCAGCCUGCUAUUGCAGAAGUGGACAAUGAAAGGAUUUUGAAUGAAGUGAGAACUCGCACUGACUCAUUGCAAAAGCAGCUUAGUGAUGCAACUGAAACAAUGGUUCAUCUACGAAAAGAGAAUGAAUUACUCAAAAAACGACGAAAAACAACCCGAAUAAUGGAAGUAGCUCAAAAGAGUGUUGGAACAUCCAUUGCAGAAGGUGAUGAUGAUAGAAUCAUUAAUGAACUGACAAAUGUAAUUGAAUUGUUGAAAAAUGAGCUUAGUGAUGCAACUAAAACAAUGAGUCAGCUACAAGAAGAAAAUGAAUUACUCAAAAAUCAGCCUGCUAUUGCAGAAGUGGACAAUGAAAGGAUUUUGAAGGAAUUGAGAACUCGCACUGAAUCAUUGCAAAAGCAGCUUAGUGAUGCAACUGAAACAAUGGUUCAGCUACGAGAAGAGAAUGAAUUACUCAAAAAACAACGAAAAACAACCAGAAUAAUGGAAAGUGUUCCAGUAGAAAUAAUCAAAUACGUAGAGAAACCUGUUGAAGUAAUUAAAGCACCACAGCAACAAACUGUUGAUAUAGCACAUAUUGCUGAAGUAGCUCAAAAGAGUGUUGGAACAUCCAUUGCAGAAGGUGAUGAUGAAAAGAUCAUUAAUGAACUGACAAAUGUAAUUGAAGUGCUGAAAAAUGAGCUUAGUGAUGCAACUAAAACAAUGAGUCAGUUACAAGAAGAAAAUGAAUUACUCAAAAAUCAGCCUGCUAUUGCAGAAGUGGACAAUGAAAGGAUUUUAAAGGAAUUGAGAACUCGCACUGAAUCAUUGCAAAAGCAGCUUAGUGAUGCAACUGAAACAAUGGUUCAGCUACAAGAAGAGAAUGAAUUACUCAAAAAACAACGAAAAACAACCAGAAUAAUGGAAAGUGUUCCAGUAGAAACAAUCAAAUAUGUAGAGAAACCUGUGGAAGUAAUUAAAGCACUGCAGCAACAAAGUCUGGAAAUACCACAUGUUGCUGAAGUAGCACCAGACGUAGACACUGGAAGGAUCUUUAAUGAACAGAGAAAUCAGAUUGAGUCAUUGGAAAUGCAGCUUAGUGAUGCAAUUGAAAGAAUGAGUCAUUUACAAGAAGAGAAUGAAUUACUCAAAAAACAAUUAGAUACAACACAAAUUAAGGAAAGUGUUCCUAAAGAAAUCAUCAAAUAUGUAGAGAAACCUGUAGAAUUAAUUAAAGCACCGCAGCAACAAAAUGUUGAAAUACAAGGUAUUUCUAAAGUGGAACAACUGACUGAUGGAACAUCUACUGCAGAAGCAGAAAAUGAAAGCACUCUUGAUGAACUGAGAAGUCAAAUUGAGUCAUUGCAAAAGCAGCUUAGUGAUGCAAAUAACAUGAUUAAAAGUCUUGAAAGUACCCUUAAUGAACUGAGAAAUGAAAAUGAAUUAUUGAGAAAUGAGUUAAGUAGUUCAAAUGCCAAGGUACUACAGCUUGAGGAUAUAAUUAGAAAGCUUACAGAUGGAAAUGAUGCUCUUAAAUCAAUGCAAAUUAAAGAUGAAAUAUCAACAUCAGUAAAACAAAUUCCUGCUGACAAAAUCAUGGAGACUGUUCCACAGGUAUUGGCCGCUCCAGAAUCAACCUCUGUAGAGCCUGAAAGUGGAAUGGUCAUCAAACAGCUCAAAACAGAGAAUGAGUCAUUGAGGAAAGAUCUUGAGGAUGCAAGAAAGGCCUUACAUACGACAAGUGAUGAUGAAAGUGAAUAUGAGAAAACUAUUACUGAGCUCAGAACUGAAAAUGAGCGACUACUAAAAGAAAUCGAAGAGGCAAGAGUGAAGCGUCAAAGAGAUCCAGAUAGCACAAAAAUUAUUAAUCAGAUGAAUCAAGAAAAUGAAAUGUUGAGAAAACAGGUUGAAGAUCUAAAAAUGGCUUACGUUAGACGAUCUACUGUAGGCACUAUUAGUGAUAAAGCAUAUGAACAAUUAAUGAAAGAUAAUGAAGCAUUGAGACAAAGGCUUGAAAAUGCAAGAGCGAGCAUAGGCCUGCAGCCCACAAGUGUAACACAUGAUGCAGAUGUUGUUCAACUAAGAAUAGACAAUGAAACAUUGAGAAAACAGCUUGAAGAUGCACGAAAAUUGGCACAGAGUAGUCGAGAACAAGUUUUGUCUGCUGAAACUGAUGACACACAAAUUAUCGAUCAGUUAAGGGAAGAGAAUGAAUUUUUGAAGAGGAGGCUUGAGUCCUUAACUGAUAUUACAAGCAGCAGUGCAAAAGAAGUUGUGAAGUACGUGGAAAAACCUGUGGAAAUAAUUAAAACAGACAUAGAUAGUGAAAAAAUUAUUAAUGAACUAAGAAAUCAGAAUGAGUCACUACAGAAUGAACUUAAAGAUGCAAAUACCAUUAGAAGGGAACUUGAAGAGGAAGUCAGGAAGUUCAAAGAUGGAAAACAGACACCAUUACUCCAAGCAGAGCAAAUUGCAUCAUUUGAUGAAAAAAGCAGAGAGAAAGAGAUGAGUCAGCUUAUGGAAGAUAACAAGUUAUUGAACAAACAACUUCUUGAUGCAACAAGUACAAUUGAAGAACUUACAGUGAAUGUCACUAAUCUCAAAGUUGAAAUCCAGAGACUUCAAUCUAGAAAAAUAUCUGAUCUGCCAUCGGUAGUAGAGGACCAUACCCAAGAAUUUCAGAAACUGGAGGCUGAACUACAAGCUCUCAGAGAUGAAAACAGACGUCUGCAUAGAGACAAUGAAAAGCUUUCAUUAGAAGUAGAGACUCUGACAGAAGAGCAAAUCCCAUCUACAGUUGCACUGUGGAAAACUGAAGAGAAACAACUGGAAACAGUUGUAGAUGAUCAAAAGCGGCGCAUUACUACUCUACUUUCAAAAAUGGGCAAGAAAGAACAUCCAGGAGAGGUCGCUGCCUGGACACGUGAGAGGGAACAUCUCCUAGAUACAAUUAGGCAGCUGACAAAAGAAGCAAAAGAAGCAAAAGAGGCAUAUGAAGAGAAAGAAGAAAUGGAAGAUAGAAUGAAGUCGCUGCUGUCACAGAUAGAUGAAAUGAAGCAAAAAUUGAUGGAAAAAGAAAGAGAAGCUGAAGUGGGUGGACCAGCUGUGCAGACUCUUCAGGAAGAAAACAACAAAAUUAGAAAUCAAAUGGAGUCUCUGAAUACAGAGCUUGAAGCUAUGCAACAGAGGCUUAAAGACCAAGAGGCAGAACUAAGUCACUUAACAGGGUUGCAAGAAGAAAACAACAAACUGAAAAAUGAUCUGUAUGCACUGCAAGAAGAAUUGGAAAGACUGAAGUCUCUCGAACAGCAAGCUGGGCAAGGGCAGGCUAUUUUGGAAGAUAAUCAGAGACUGAAAGAUGAAAAUGAGAGCCUUCAGACAGAACUUGAUUUACUUAAAGGAGAACUGGAAAGAGUGAAAUCUGUUGAACAGGCAGCUGAACAAGUCCAAGCUCUUUUAGAAGAAAACCAGAAAUUGAAAGAUGAAAAUGAGAGGCUGCAGAAGGAGCUGGAUUCUUUGAAAGACGACCUGGAAAAACUGCAAGUAGCUGGACAGGCAGCUGAGCAAGCCCAGGCUCUUCUAGAAGAUAACCAAAAAUUGAAGGAUGACAAUGAGAAACUGAAGGAUGACAAUGAGAGGCUUCAGAAAGAACUGGAUUCACUGAAAGAAGAGCUUGACAAACUAAAGUCUGCUGAUAAGUCAGAUGAGGAAAAUCAGGCUCUCUUAGAAGAAAACCAGAAACAGAAGGAUGAUAAUGAGAGGCUACAGAAAGAGUUGGAUUCACUGAAAGAAGAACUGGAAAAACUUCGGUCUCAACCAGCUGAGCCAGACCAAGAUCUUUUGGGAGAAAUCCAGAACCUAAAGGAUGAAAAUGAGAGGCUUCAGAAUGAGCUACAAUCUCUGAGAGCAGAACUGGAUACAGCUAAACGACAAGCAGGUGCAGAGGAUCAAAAUUUACAGGCUGAAAUCCAAAAACUGAAGGAAGAAAAUGAAAGACUCAAUAAUGAGCUACAAUCUCUGAGAGAAGAACUGGAUACAGCUAAACAACAAGCAGGUGCAGAGGAUCAAAAUUUACAGGCUGAAAUCCAAAAACUGAAGGAAGAAAAUGAAAGACUCAAUAAUGAGCUACAAUCUCUGAGAGCAGAACUGGAUACAGCAAAACAACAAGCAGGUGCAGAGGAUCAAAAUUUACAGGCUGAAAUCCAAAAACUGAAGGAAGAAAAUGAAAGACUCAAUAAUGAGCUGCAGUCUCUGAGAGCAGAACUGGAUGCAGCUAAACAACAAGCAGGUGCAGAGGAUCAGAAUUUGCUGGCUGAUAUCCAGAAACUGAAGGAAGAAAAUGAAAGACUUAAAAAUGAACUGGAUACAGCAAAGCAACAAACAGGUGCACAGGAUCAGAAUUUGCUGGAUGAGAUUGAGAAACUGAAAGGAGAAAAUGAACGACUUAAGAAUGAAGUUGAAGAAAAAGCAGAACAGAUGAAGAAAUUGGAAAGUGCAUCAAAAGAAGCUGGUGAGAAACCAGACCUUAGUAAGGAAAUAGAAUCUCUGACAGAACAAAUUAAGCAACUUCUGUCAGAAAAAGAGAAACUUGAAAAUGAACUAAAAGAUUAUAUAGAAAAGAACAAAAUUCUGGAAGACAAAUUAAAGGCAUAUGAAAGUGGUGAUGAUGCAACAAAGGCCUUACAAGAUGAACUUGAAGCCCUUAAAUCUGAAAACCAAAAACUUAAAGACGGUGGGUCAUCUGAGGCCGCACUGCGUCAAGAAAUGGAAGCAGAAUGCGAAGCAAAGCUCGCAGCUCUUAGGAGUGAACACCAGAAGGAACUGGAACGACGUGAGCAGGUACACCGUGAAAACUUGGAGACAUGUCAGAUUGAACUAAAUGAACUGAAGGGAAAGUUACAAGAGAGUGACAAAACACUUCAGUUAAACUUGGAUAAGGAUAAGAAUAAGGACGAAUACGCAAAAGAGUACGAGGAUGAAAUUGCAAGACUACAGAAGCAAAAUGAUAUGCUUACUAAAAAUCUGAAAGCAGACUUAGAAGCAAAAAAUGCUGAGCUAGAUACGGUAAAAUUUGAAAUGAACAAGGAAAUUACUGAGCUAAAAAAACAACUCGAGAAGUGUAUGGGUGAUUGUGAUGGAUAUCAAAAAGAAUUAAACUUACUUAAAGAGAAACUAAAAGGUUUCAAGUCUUCCAAAUCAGAAGUCGUCGUAGAAGUGACUAAGUCUGAGCCGCUUCCUACUGUGAAAGAGGAAAAACCUGAAAAGAAACCAAAGAAAGAGAAAGAGAAAAAGGAGAAGAAAUCAAAACUUAAAGUUGAUGAAGCUCCGAUCAGUAAAACCGAGAUUGAAACCGAGAAAAAGCCAGAAGUGGCUCCCAAAAAGAAAACUGUAGCUCCUACUAAAAUGGAAGCAAAACCUGGAAUGACGUCUAAAUCGAAACUGGAAGCAAAAAUACCAGAAGGUGAAAAGAAGGGUGAUGGAGGUGUCUGCCGCUGUAUGGAACAUCCGCUGGUGAAGAUUAUCUACAAGAUUCUCCAUGGCGGCCCUGAGGUACUGCAUUCAGAUGAAAUCAUUUAUUUACACAAAAAACUGUGCGCUGAGUGUCGUACGGCCUUGGGUCCGCCAAGAGAUGAAGCGCAAAUAAGGGCUCACAGAAGGAAGCUUCAAAAGGAAAUAACAGAACGGCAAGAAAAGGUGUAUAAAGGAGUUGCACAGCUUGAGGAGAGUGUAAAAGAGGAGAAACUCUUCCUAGAACGACUGUGUCAACAUUUUGCUGAAAAACAGAAGAUGGCUAGUGGGCAAAAGAAAAUGACUUUCCCUUGUCAACGAGUCAUUUCAGCAUGUAUGACAUGUGCUGCCAGAAGAACAGCCUCGGGUACAGCAAUAGGAAGUAAAAAUCAACAGAGGAAGGGACACUGCAACAAGCCGGUAGAUCCAGUAGGAGCAUCAAAAACGACAGUUAGAUGCCCAGGUUGAAGCUAAGAAAAUGAGGAAUAUCCACACUUCAUCAUCACCUAUUGCUCUGGUCUCCAACGAAAUAUUAAAAAUUGUAUUGUGCUUGUGAUUGUUUGUGAGAACCAAAAGUUCUGUGUUUGUCCUUGGGUUUCAAAGUGUGAUACAUUCUGAGUAAAUAAUUUGCUAUAAAAUUUCAUAUUUUGUCAAUUUAUAGUGUUCAUAUCUUACAGGAUUUUUUGUUGAAUUGAUAAUAUGAGACAUUACAGAAGAUUUAUAUAGUUUUAAUGACUGUGACAGAGUGUUCUCCAAUUAUGGCACAUGUAUGAUCUGAUUGUCCAACAUAGCUAGAAUAUUUGUAUGCUUCUGAGUGUGAACUGAGACAAUGAACUCACAUCUCACUGUUUUUACUCCAUCAUUGAAAUGGAAGCAUUAAGUGGGAUAGGAUUAGAAUUUGUAAAAUAUUUGUUUGCAGGACUGUUUAAGUGCACUUGUCUUACUUUUAUGUUACUAUUUAAAGGAAAAUAUCUUUAUAAUGUAAUAACAAUGUUUAGGUCUAUUUGUUGUAUUUGUAGUUGUUCAGAUCAGUUCCCUUUAUACAGAACUUAGCAACAUAAGACUUUCAGGUUUCCAAAUGCUUUUAAUUUUUCAGAAAGAUUUUCUAGCUGUAUAGGUAUCUCAUAGAUGUGGUUGGUGUAAGUAAUUUAGGAUUUUCUACAUGAGAAAUUUAGGUGUUUGCCAUGAAAUUGCAGUGAUAGAGUCAACUAGGAUACUUCAUUAGAUGGAUACAGAACAUGAGAUUGAGAUGUAUUGAAUGUGAGAAGUGACCUGAGCAUAGUUUUUGUGCUCACUGCUUGCCAUAAGAAGUGGGUACAAAUUUGUUCGAUUCUAAAAAUGAAGACUGUUUGUAGAAAGGCUAACUGUGGCCAUAACCAGAAAAAGAAUGGUUAAAUAAUUGCUAUUGAGUCUAACAAAGAAUUAUCUCAUUUCUUGGUUUUGUAAGCAUGUAGAAAGAAUGGCAUUAAUCCUAUCAACAACAGAAGAUGGAACCAAUACGUAGUAAAUGCCAAGUAUAUCCAUGGUCAUUCAAAAAUGCAAAUUGCCCCAACUCACUC